AUGGACACGCGAACGAUACAGUCUAGAUACGGUCAAGGAUACGGCGGGGGUUAUUUCGCAAUACACUUAGCCUCUUCUCCUGGAUUCGAAGAGGCUAGGUUUUUACUGGUUUCGGCGGCAUCAACAAAAAGAAGGAAGAAGGAUUGGAAAGAACUUAGUUGCGCUUGCAGCUGCUGCCAAUCUCCAGUUGCUGGUGCUCUGCGAAGAAGAAUGCGGCUAACUCGUGAAGAAGAUGAUGUCAGGUGCCCUAAUUACAAUACACACCGUUUUAGAAGAGGCUCACAGAGAGAGAAGAAGAAGAAGAACAAGAAGAAAGAGGAAGGAGGACGUUUGGGCUAG